AUUCAUUAAUACUGGGGUAAGUACUUCAGUUCGUUGUCUUGUUUUUGCUGAUACUCCUCGUCCUUAGCGCUUCUGGACGUAAUAAACCACGCGAUACAACGCAAAAAAACCCGCUUCAAUUACUAAAUAUUGACACCACGUUUGUCAUCUUUUUUUCUGUUUUAGGAGUCAACCAUAUUCUGGAAGUAUAUGACUUGCCCAAGGGAAUGCAAAAUUGUGAAACCGAUGAAUUAUUUGAAGAUCUGAUCAAGGCUGGUGCCCGGAUCAAAUGGUUGAACAGUUCUGCGAGUGCCUCAAGAGAAAAUCCGGUCCUCGCAAUAUUUUCUUCUGCGGUCGCAGCCGACCAUGCUCUGAAUUCAAUGCAAAGCUCAAAGUUUAAACUUCGCCUUCAUCAAAACACGAGCGCUUUUGCUCAUGCGGACUCGAACGCUUCUAUAUCGUCCUCGUCAUAGACGUUUUUACGUUCCGCUUUACCUGAAGACGUUAUUUUUAUUUUGUAUUUGAUUUUUUAUAUGAAUUACGCGGCGGAAACUACGAGAAUAAGUAUCUUGUCAUAAUGUGCUUCAGCUGUGUUCAAAUGUUGUUCUAGUUGUAAGAAAUGGUAUAAAAUUAAAAUCAAGUAAUUAGAAAAAUAAACCAUCUAAACCAGUUAUCUUUUCUGUUCAAAUCUCAAGUAAGCUUUUGGGUAACUAGCUCGCGUGACUAAAGUGAUUUGUUUUGCGUCACCCCAACACUUUCCUCGUUUAUCAUCACGCAACCCCGAAUUUAGCUCAUGCACCUCUGUUGGUUAACAUAUUUCACAGCGUCACGAGUAUCCCUUCCAUUGUGGCUAAUAUUUUGGACAAAGCAGCAACUUGUAUGAAGAGUAGAGUCGUUUUCAUACUUUCAUUUGAUAACUAAAUUAAUCGAUUUCUAACCCCUACCCCACCCACAAAAAAAAGUUUUUGGAUUUAGUCUGCUGCCUUAGCUUACGUUGAGGAAAAGAAAAUCCCAUGUGUUUCUUAAGUUAAAGGUAUAGUUAAAAGUAUAGGACAACGAGAAAUCUUGAAGGCUUGCUGUUUACUCAAGCUGGGCUCUUGGCAUUCAUUCAUUUUCGCAGCUAUACACCUUGCCAUUACCUCUAAAGCAUAUAACACAAGUUCGGUUAAACAGUUGAUGCAUGAGGAGCUCUAACAAUACAACUCCACCUUGGAGACCCGGCGUUUACGUGGGAUCAGGCGUUUGUAAUUUUUUCUGGUUAAUGACUGCGCUCGAAGGGAGGAAUGAGAUCAGGUCCGAGCGGGAACCGACCUAAGAGUCGACUGGACGCAAGUGGGUCGUCACGCAACGCAUCAGUAGUAUUGCGUGAUGAGCCAAAUAACGGCGCGGCUGCGAACUCAAGACAGCGGCGUCAUGGCGGAAAGGAGAUCUGGGAAUGAGAAUUAAGGAAUAUGACUGUUACACCACGUACAAUUUAACUCGAGACAAGAUGGCGGAACAAGAGGACGAGGUUGACGAGGAGUUUCUCAAUGGUGCCUCACUGCUUGCGUCUGCCUUGAAGUCUCAAGGUGUGGAAUACAUGUUCGGAGUUGUGGGCAUUCCAGUUAUCGAGAUCGCGGGGGCUGCACAGGCAGAAGGCAUCAAAUACAUCGGUAUGAGAAACGAGCAAGCGGCUUGCUAUGCAGCAUCAGCUAUUGGAUAUCUAACUGGGAGACCUGGUGUUUGCCUUGUGGUUUCUGGACCAGGAUUAAUACAUGCCCUGGGUGGAAUGGCAAAUGCCAUGAGUAACUGCUGGCCAGUUUUAGUGAUUGGUGGUUCAAGUGAUGUUGAUCAAGAAAGCAUGGGUGCUUUUCAGGAAUUUCCACAGGUUGAAGCAGCAAGACCUUAUGCCAAGUAUUCUGCAAGACCAAGCUGUGCAGGCGAGAUACCAUUCUUUGUUGAAAAGGCUGUGCGAACAACUAUAUACGGUAGACCAGGAGCUAGUUAUCUGGACCUGCCAGGAAAUAUGAUCACAGAGAAAGUGGCAGCCUGUAAGGCAAGGUCAAUUCGUCGUUCUCCAGCUCCUCCAAAGUGUCUUGCAGAUCCAUCUGCAGUGGAAAAAGCAAUCAAGGUUCUUAGUGAAGCAAAGAAGCCUCUUGCAAUAAUUGGCAAAGGUGCAGCUUAUGCACAUGCUGAGAAGCCUCUUCAGGAGUUUGUUCAGAGAUGCAAGUUACCAUUUCUCCCCACACCCAUGGGGAAGGGAGUGAUUUCUGAUGAACAUCCCCUGUGUGUUGCAGCAGCCAGAUCAAAAGCCUUGUCUCAAGCUGAUGUGAUAUUUCUGUUUGGAGCAAGAUUAAACUGGAUUCUGCAUUUUGGGAAACCUCCGAGGUUCAAAGCUGAUGUUAAAAUAAUCCAGAUUGAUCUUCAUGCAGAGGAAAUGGAAAACAAUGUUUCUGCAGAGGUUGCACUUUUAGGAGAUUUGAAGAGUGUAGCAGAACAGGUACAUUGUCACUGCCUUGUGCCUCUCUCUACCCAGGUGUAUAAAUGGCUACCAGUGAAUUUAAUGCUGGGGGUAACCGCUGUUAUCUCCCUGUCUUGUCUACAGGCUUGCUAUGCAGCAUCAGCUAUUGGAUAUCUAACUGGGAGACCUGGUGUUUGCCUUGUGGUUUCUGGACCAGGAUUAAUACAUGCCCUGGGUGGAAUGGCAAAUGCCAUGAGUAACUGCUGGCCAGUUUUAGUGAUUGGUGGUUCAAGUGAUGUUGAUCAAGAAAGCAUGGGUGCUUUUCAGGAAUUUCCACAGGUUGAAGCAGCAAGACCUUAUGCCAAGUAUUCUGCAAGACCAAGCUGUGCAGGCGAGAUACCAUUCUUUGUUGAAAAGGCUGUGCGAACAACUAUAUACGGUAGACCAGGAGCUAGUUAUCUGGACCUGCCAGGAAAUAUGAUCACAGAGAAAGUGGCAGCCUGUAAGGCAAGGUCAAUUCGUCGUUCUCCAGCUCCUCCAAAGUGUCUUGCAGAUCCAUCUGCAGUGGAAAAAGCAAUCAAGGUUCUUAGUGAAGCAAAGAAGCCUCUUGCAAUAAUUGGCAAAGGUGCAGCUUAUGCACAUGCUGAGAAGCCUCUUCAGGAGUUUGUUCAGAGAUGCAAGUUACCAUUUCUCCCCACACCCAUGGGGAAGGGAGUGAUUUCUGAUGAACAUCCCCUGUGUGUUGCAGCAGCCAGAUCAAAAGCCUUGUCUCAAGCUGAUGUGAUAUUUCUGUUUGGAGCAAGAUUAAACUGGAUUCUGCAUUUUGGGAAACCUCCGAGGUUCAAAGCUGAUGUUAAAAUAAUCCAGAUUGAUCUUCAUGCAGAGGAAAUGGAAAACAAUGUUUCUGCAGAGGUUGCACUUUUAGGAGAUUUGAAGAGUGUAGCAGAACAGCUUGUAGGAGCAGUUAUAAAGACCUUUGGAGAAAGACCAACAAAUCUUUGUGGUUCACCAUCGUGGGGUCGAGAACUGAAGGACAAAUCAGAACUUAACAAGAAAAAGAAUGAGGAACUUGCUAAGGAGACAACAGUUCCAAUGAAUUACUACCAAGUUUAUGGACAGCUUAUAAAGCAUUUGCCUCAUGAUUGUAUCAUAGUUAAUGAAGGAGCAAACACGAUGGACAUUGGUCGAACUAUGAUCUCAAAUCACCUCCCUAGGAACAGGCUAGAUGCAGGCACAUUUGGCACAAUGGGAGUGGGAACUGGUUUUGCCAUCGCUGCUGCCCUGUUAGCUGAAAGUCAAGCUGAUAGAUCCAAUCCCCCCAGGAGGGUGGUGUGCGUACAAGGUGACAGUGCUUUUGGGUUUUCAGGAAUGGAGCUUGAAACUGCAUGCAGGUACAAUCUGCCAAUUGUUUUCAUGAUCGUCAACAACAAUGGUAUAUACAAUGGUGUAGACGAGGAGAGCUGGAGCGAGCUUGGGGUGGACCCUGCAAGAGGGGCUCCACCCACAGCUCUUCUACCAAAAGCUCGUUAUGAGCGAAUCAUCGGAGCGUUUGGAGGCAAAGGUUUCUUUGCGGAAACUCCAGAUGAACUGAGAACAGCGUUAGAGAGCGCCUUCGAAGAGACGAGAAAGAUUAAAAAGCCCGUGUUGAUUAACGUCAUGAUCAGUCCUUAUGCUGAUCGUAAGCCUCAGGAGUUCUUUUGGCUCACACGCUCGAAGAUGUAAUGUUGACUCGGUGAAGAGUGUAGUGUUUUGGGGCGACCAAGGAGAGGAGAGCAGAAAUAAACACACAAACACAAAUGAAAACGCAGCCUGCGAGAGGGUUCUCCACUCGGGGCAUGCAGAUAGAUUGCCUUGUCAUGUCUCACUUAGGGAAUAUUGAAUAGAUAGAUUGCCUUACCCACUCCCCUUAUUUGUUCUUCUGAGGGAAUUAGCCCUCCCCCCUUCCCUUUUGUAUUUCGGCAUAGAGAAUUCCGAACGAUGUAUUGCGUUGUUCACUCCCCUUAUUUGCUCCCCAAACGGGGAGGGUUAUGGAUAAGUAGAAUUCAAGGGUUUCAUCGAAAACUGAAUAGAAUGAGUGAUUUUCAGUUUAAUGGAGCCCGACAAUACAGUGAUGUUUAAGCUGGAAGGCGUCCAGCCAUGAAAGCCGAACUGCUGAAUCAACCGUCUGGAUUUUUAAUACAAAGAGUAAUUUAUAGUGCUUCUUAAAUACCCAAGAGGACAAUGUGAAAGCUAUGAAUGAGAAAUGAAGAGGGAAUUCUAUACAAAUGAAAUUCAAACAACAUUUAGACCAAAUAAAAAAUGCUUUUUUGCGUGAA